UUUACUCGCAAGUUUCCAAUUCCGGAGACCGCCACGAUCGGUGGUUACAAAUUAAGUCCACGCGGUGAUGGGGAAGAUCACAUACCUAAUGCCCCCUUCAUUCAUUCGCUCCCAGACAGCGCAAACAAGCAACGAAUUCUCGCGGAGAAGAUCUCUCCUUUGCUUGAUCUCGCCAAAGAAAAGAAGAAAUCCCUCCAGUCGGUCAUCGAUCCGGGUUUGAUCAUGCCAGGAGCUGGAGGGAUGUCGCCGUGCGCCGCUUGCAAGCUUCUGAGGAGGCGCUGCGCCAAGGAUUGCAUCUUCGCCCCAUUCUUCCCGCCGGACGAGCCCCAGAAAUUCGCCUACGUCCACAAAGUCUUUGGCGCCAGCAAUGUGAACAAGAUGCUCCAGGAUCUUCCAGUGUACCAGCGGGCAGACGCUGUGAACAGCAUGGUAUACGAGGCGAAUUCGCGGAUCCGGGACCCUGUCUAUGGCUGCGUAGGCGCAAUCUCGGCGCUCCAGCAACAAGUUGCCCAGCUCCAGGCACAGCUCGCGGUAUCCCAGGCCGAGAUCGUGUGUAUGCGAAUGCAGCACGCCUCCACGACGAUCGCCCUAGGGCAGCACUGCAAAUCCCCCUCGCAUCUAUCGCCCCCAGCGCCAUCGUCGCCAGAAAUCAAUCACCAGAACUACAGGCCACCGAUCGGAUCAGCGGCAGCGCAUGAUGGCUUCUCGGCGGGAUCGCUGCUCGAAAAUUAGGG